ACGCGCAACUCAACCUCAUCCGACUUCAACUCAUCCUUCCAGGCUUCUAUCUCGAAUUUUUGGUGAUAGGUGGACAUUGCGCAACUGCCUAAAUACUAGAAAAGAAAAGUAUCCAGAUUUGGGACAUUACUGAUCAUCACCAUGUCGGGGAGCGCAGGCUAUGACCGACAUAUCACCAUCUUCUCUGAUACGGGUCGCCUAUAUCAAGUUGAAUAUGCAUUCAAGGCGAUUACAGCAGCAAACAUAACGUCCCUCGGUGUUCGUGGCAAGAACUGUGCCGUUGUCCUAUCACAAAAGAAGGUCCCUGAUAAAUUGAUCGAACCGUCUUCAGUCUCCCACAUCUUCAAAAUCUCUCCCUCUGUAGGAUGUGUCAUGACAGGAUCCAUAGCUGAUGCCCGGGCAUGCGUCGACCGUGCUCGUGGUGAGGCUGCUGAGUUCAGGUAUAAAUACGGAUAUGAGAUGCCUUGUGAUGUAUUGGCGAAGCGCCUGGCCAAUAUCAACCAAGUUUACACGCAACGGGCUUACAUGCGUCCGCUCGGUGUUGCCAUUACACUGAUCUCGGUAGACGAUGAGAAGGGACCUCAAGUGUACAAAUGCGAUCCCGCAGGAUAUUUUGCGGGGUACAAGGCCACUGCCUCCGGCCCCAAGCAACAGGAGGCACUCAACUUCCUCGAGAAGAAGCUGAAGAACAAGGAAUAUGCCGAAGGUGAUUGGGAAGAAGUCGUGGAGCUCGGAAUCACGGCUUUGAGCAAUGUUCUCAGCGUUGACUUCAAGAAGAAUGAGUUGGAGAUUGGCAUUGUUGGGGGCCCUCGAUCUGACGGCCAGGAUGGCACAGCGCUGGAGUUCCGGGCUUUGACUGAAGAAGAGAUUGAUGAACGGCUGCAGGCAAUUGCGGAGAAGGAUUGAGGGAUCAAGAAUGUAUUCUCAAGUCUCUAUUUGUCAAGAUUUUCCGAGCCACAACAAAGAGUAUCUAUCAGUAAGCCUUCCUAUAGCCGUUGAGGCUUGAAUCACAACCUGAGUAAAUUUGUU